GAUCUAUUAAAUAGUACCCAUUCAAUAACUACUCCAAUAUGCUAGAAAGAUAAAGAGAGAAAGAAAGUAACAGAGAAAGCUCAAGAGAAGACAUGGGAAUAGCAGCUCACUUCAACCAUUUCUGGUUCCUUCUCUUCAUCGUCUUCUUCUCUUUCUCCAUCUCCUCCAUUUCCGGAUCCGAUGAUGAUUGCGUGUACACAGCUUACGUCCGAACGAGUUCAAUAAUAAAGGGUGGAACCGAUUCGAUUAUCAGUUUGACUCUCUACGAUGCCGACGGAUAUGGCAUUAGAAUCAAGAACCUCGAGGCUUGGGGUGGGCUUAUGGGCCCAGGUUACAACUAUUUCGAGAGAGGAAAUUUGGAUAUCUUCAGUGGUCGAGGCCCAUGUUUGACUGGGCCUGUCUGCAAGAUGAACUUGACUUCCGACGGAACUGGCCCAGGCCAUGGAUGGUACUGUAACUACGUGGAGGUCACCGUCACCGGAGUCCAUAAAGCAUGCAACAAACAGAAUUUCGAAGUGGAGCAGUGGCUCGCAACUGAUGCGUCGCCUUAUCAGCUCACGGCCAUUAGAGACAACUGUAAGAAGACCAAGUCCGAUGAGAAACUGUCCAUUUCCGAUGUCUACGAAACUCAUUCCACUCCACAUGUUUCUGUGAUUUAAGUUUCAAGUUAUUGGGCUUUAAUGGGCCUGGGCCCACAUUUCUCUGUUGUAUCUUUUGUGACUGAAAUCUAUCAGGGGUAAGUAUGACAUAUAAUAUGUGUCAAUGUUGCUUUCGUGUUUAUAUUAUGAGUGGUGGUGGAGUAAUAAAGGUGACCUGAUAAUUUUGCGAAUAAUAAGAAUCAAUACAUUUGCUCAUGAGUACUAUAUUGCAAAAAUAAAGAUUUGCCCCAUCGUUA